AUGAUGCCAAGGUCUGCUGAAGUCUACCGCUUCUUGCGGCCCGUCCUUNUGAAAGACAUCCGAUCAACAUUGAUCCCCUCGUAUGCCUGCUGCUUCUCCGCCUACACCAGGCUAGCCUCGAAGAAGCCCGUCAAGGACUCUCCGACUGGCGAUUAUGAGAAGCGUAUAGCUCAGCUGCAAGCGAACACAUCCCUGCAAGACUGCUGGCCACGUCUGCCACAGCGUCAUGAUGUCGCUAGAAUCUCUGUGAACGAUUUAAGAAAGAGCAGUGCUACUUUAGAUAAUGGCGCUACCAACCAUGACGAUAAGUUUGUCGUUUCCGGCAGAGUCCGCUCGGUGCGCACUGCCGGCUCUAAGUUGGUCUUCAUCGAUAUAGAACAAGAUGAUCGCGUCGCCCAAGCUAUCUGUAAUUUCUCCCACCUCGAUCAGAAUGGCGUCCCUCGUGAGCAAUUCAAUGCUUUCAAGCGUGUUGUUCGCCGAGGGGACUGGUAUACCUUUGUUGGUCAUCCACACAAGGCUCAAGGUGGAGAGGAGAGUAUUCUUGCGACUGAGCUUCCCUCGCUCAUGUCACCAUCGCUCCAUCAAAUCCCCGCUCAACUCGAUGAUGCUGAAACACGCGCUCGUAGACCUCAUGUCGAUAUGUUGGUUCACCGUCAAGCCGUGCAGACGCUCAGAGUCAGAUCGGCUAUCGAGCGUGGCAUUUCCACUUUCUUCGACAAUCGAGGUUAUUCCAAAGUUAGCACGCCUCUGCUGACUGCUGGCGCUGGUGGCGCAGUAGCUCGACCCUUUGAGACUAUCGCUACAGAAAUGCAAGACACCACUCUCAAUCUUCGCAUAGCCCCUGAACUGUGGCUCAAGCGGUUGGUAGUUGGUGGCUUGGGCAAGGUCUACGAGAUCGACACUGCUGUCAACUUUGACACAAACGAGCCUCAUCUGUUCCAAGGACCGUUCCCGCGUCUGCCCUUCAUAGCCACCGUCGAANAAGAGAUGGGCAAGAAGUUACCUGAUCUCAGCAGAGACGAUGCAACCCAACAAGUUUUGGACCUUUUUAACGAAAAUAGUAUCGCCAUUCCUGCCAAACCAACACUCCCACGCCUCUUGGAUGCUCUAGCCGGUCAAUACAUCGAGCCUCUGUGUACCAAACCGACCUUCAUCACCGAGCACCCUGCUGUUAUGUCACCGCUUUCGAAAUCCUAUGUUUGCCCUAAAACCUCUCAACGCAUCUCCGCUCGUGCCGAGCUCUUUAUCCAAGGCAACGAGUACGCCAACAUGUAUGAAGAGGAGAAUUCACCAUUCGCUCAGCGCGAAAAAUUUGUGGAGCAGCUGAGUUACCGUGAAGUCGAUGGCGAAGGUGACGGUAGAGCAGAGGUGGACGAGAGCUACCUCGAAGCUCUUGAGUGGGGACUACCUCCUACUGGCGGCUGGGGCAUGGGCAUCGAUCGUUUGGUCAUGCUCUUUACUGGUCAGAAACGCAUCGGAGAUGUCUUGCCUNUUGGCACUUUGAGGAAUGUUGUCGGUCUUGCUACUAGGCAGACGUGA